CAUAACCAUGUGACAGACCUACCAUUGAGCCAGAGUAGCUUGGAGAGAAGAGAAGGGGUGCGCGCAAUAUGGGAGGGUGAUUCUCGAACAUCUUCAGCUAACAGUUCUCAUGAUGAUGGUCGGAAAAGUAGGGGCGAUACGGUUGCGACCUUUUCGUUUUUUAAAUUAGCGCUAGCUACGUCUAGCCUUUUCUACAAGAGGCAGUUCUGAAAAGGGGACGAUAAGUUAAGCAGCUGACAGGCAGUGUGUGCCACCUUCUGCAACACACUGGCUUCUCAUCUUCUCCCUCCCUUCAUGAGCACUGAGUAAUGGAAAGCUGGAACUAAUAACUUGGUUUGGUGAUGUGCUGCAUGGUGCCAUGUGAAUGACAGAACCACAAUGAAGUCGUCACACAAGCUGCUGUUCGUCCUGUGUCCCAUGCUGGUCCUGGGCUUCAUCUACUACUCCUCUGGGAAGCUACACCUACACGUAUGGGGCCAGAAACCACAGAUUGAUUCGGAGUCCACUCUCAUAGUCCCAACUAAAGGUCAAAGCACCACAGAGUUGGAAGCGGACGUUGCUCUCACCGUGGGACAAAUAGUAGGCUCAGUGUAUGAUAAGCAGGGCUUUCUGCUGAAGCUGGAUGCAAAGUUGUCAGCAGAAUUGGCGUACAAGUAUGGCAACCUCAGCGAAGGAGUGUGCAAGCCAGGCUACGCAGCUGCCAAGAUGACUGCCAUCUAUCCAAAGUUCAUGAAGCCAGCUCCCAUGUUUCUCGACCGGAACUUCAAGCGUCUGGCCAAAGUCAGCAGUUACUUACCUCCAUUUGGAUUCAAAACACAAGAAACAAUCAUAGACAUUAUUCUAACUGCCACAAAGAACUAUGGGCUGGGUCAAGACGUUGACAGUUUAAUUUGUAAAAGAUGCAUUAUCGUGGGCAAUGGUGGUAUCCUGGCUAAUAAGUCUCUGGGCUCCCGAAUCGAUGAUUACGACAUUGUGGUGAGGUUGAACGAGGCUCCGGUGACUGGUUUCGGCAAGGACGUGGGCACCAAGACCACCAUGCGUAUUACCUACCCCGAGGGGGCCAUCCAGAAGCCUGAGCGAUACGAGAAGGACUCGCUCUUCGUCUUCUCUGCCUUCAAACCGCUGGACUUCAAGUGGCUCAGACAGAUGGUCUUCAGAGAGAAGCUGCGUGGUACAGAGGGCUUCUGGAAGUCAGUGGCCCGUUACGUCCCGAAGAAGCCCACAGAGAUGCGCAUCCUCAACCCCUACUUCAUCCAGGAGGCUGCCUUCCAGUUCAUCGGCCUGCCACUCAACAACGGCCUCAUGGGGAAAGGGAACAUUCCAACCCUGGGUACGGUCGCCAUAACGAUGGCCCUGCAUAACUGUGACGAGGUGGCGGUGGCCGGCUUCGGCUACGACAUGAACACGCCCCACGCGCCCUUGCACUACUACGAGACGGUCAAGAUGUCCGCCAUCAAAGAGUCCUGGACACACAACAUAUCCAAGGAGAAGGAGUUCCUCCGCAAGCUGGUGAAGGCCAACGUCAUCACGGACCUGACCAACGGCAUUUGAGUCUAACUGUCCCAGAGCUUUGCCUUUUUCCAAAAGAACCACAGAACAGAGGAUUCUGGGAAUUAACCGGGAUGGGUGGUGGGGGGGGGGACCCAGACCCAGACCCUGGUGGUCUGUAUACUGCCUACGUUUUUAUGAAGAGAAGAUUUAAACGGACGACUCAGUGGAGAGACGCACAUACUUGCCUUCUGACCCAGAGGCUCCUGUGUCAGGAGAGACAUAGGCCUGGAUCGGACAUCUUCAGGACAGUCAACGGACGAUCCGACAACCACGUUUACCGUUUCAAUAGCCCUGAAAAUCACGUGAACGAACAAGUGAUAUGGAAGAGGAUGAUGAUGAUGGAUGGCAGAGGAUGGAAGGCCUGACGGACGGCUGUAGAGGCGGACAAUCUGCAGAAGAGAGGGACAGAUGGUUACAGCAGUGCCAAACGUACGUACCUCGUUCACAAGCGGGGAGCAGAGGCCUUCUCCCUGUACUGCCUGAAUGUAUUCACAAAACAAUGUAAAUAUCAAAGAUCAUUACCAUGCUGCAGCAACCCCCCAUCCGGGCAUUGGCGAGCCUCCCUCCAUCCGGGUGUCAGCAUACAGUACAUAUCCCACCUCAGACCCACACAAGGCCUUUUUUUAAACCUUUGUCUCCCCCUUAUUGCUUCCAUAUCAGCAGGACUUUUUUUAAACCUUUGUCUCCCCCCUUAUCGCUUCCAUAUCAGCAGGCCUUUUUGAGGCUGCCCUGCAUUUUGAGAUUAUCAUUACAGAUGUUAAUAUCCAGCAAGACAAGAGGCCUGGAUUAUUUAAUUUAGGUUUAAUUUAUUUAUAAAUAGGCUGAGAGUUGGUGCAAUUGUUCUAGUUCGCCACGAUGUGCUUCCUCAAUGACUCACUGAGGUGUCAUUAGUUGUUGAGUGGAUAUCCCUCAAACCUGAGACCCUAGUAUUUCCAGUAUGCCUUUAAUAUAAGCCCAAGUCCAAGUCAGUAUUAUCAUUUAUGUCCAAUAUUUCAGUCAGAUUUUUGUGUUGUGAAAUGUUUAUUUUUUAUGUUUUCCUUUGUGUGCUCUAAUGACCAUGACAAAGUAUCACAAGAUGAAGCCCCAACAGAUCAGUAUUACAGAGAGAGAGAACCAAUGGUCUGGGAAUAGUGUUCCUGUUCACACUCAAGUGUUCAGAAUCAUUUGCCACUUGUCAAGUAUUUCAAUAAAAACCCAAUGGGUCCAAUAUUUCAGUCAGAUUGUCGUAUUACAAUAUUAAACCAUAUUUCAGUUAUAUCCUGUUUGGUUUGUGAUAUUAAACCCAAAUUGGUAUUACAAUGUGAAAGCUUAUUGGUCCACUGUUUCUCAGUGAAAGGCCCAUUUGGUUAGUAGUUACAGUUCCAGCAUUAACGGAUCAUUAACGGUAUUUAAGUGUUGCUCCGGUGGCUCAGUAUUACAAGAUGAGACACCACGCUAUGGUUACAGCCUCACCCGCUGCUUCCCUCAUCAACUACACUUCAACUGAAUGUCAUAAUCAGCUUUUUUAGUUCUUUCUACCUUUUUUUUUGGAUGACAUUUUGACUGUUGCUUCAUUUUUGUAUAUAAUUUUUUUUUUUUACUGUUUUCAUGAAGGUGCAUACUUACUGUACACCUGUAUCCACUUAUCUUCCUGUCCAUUAGUAAGGUAUUAGGGUUGUGUUCAUUUGGCGAGAAAUAGAAGAAAACAUACUAAAAUGUUGAGACUGACUGGACUUCAAAUUCCAAAUGCUAAUUUGUGUUCUAUUGCGAAAGGUUUUAAAUAGUUUUCCUUUGUGUACUGUAAUGAACACUAACCAGUUUCAGAGAGGCGUCACUGCUCUCUCUUGCUGGGCUCCCUCAACAAAUCUUUUCUCACUUCUGUUCACGAUGGGAAAAUAAAACAAUAUGGAGGAAUCUUAAUCUAGCCUACCAUAUUGGUGUACCUAUCCAGGCCCUUCAAAUUAUUUAGGGGAAAGUAGGCUGCUUACACAGGCAGCCCAGUUCUGAUAUUUGUUCCACUAAUUUGUCUUGUGAAAAAAUUUGAUUGGUCAAACGACCAGUUAGUGAAAAAAGAUCACAAUUGGGCUGCCUGUGUAAAUUUGCCUUUGUUAUCUAGGUUGGAGGGAAGGGAUGGAUCUUUCAGAAAUGGAACCCUGCAUUGGACGUUCACUGCUAGGGUACUAAGAACAGCUCACCUAUGCACUGCCACCUGGCGAGGCCCUCUCAGGCUGCGUUUACAGGGUUGGAGUCAAUUCCUUAUCAAAUAUAGACAGGUUAAGUAGUCAGUCAUUUUCAAUUAGGAUUUUCAUGAAUACAUUUUGAAUUAUGUGCACCCUGGAAUGGGCAGGAAUUGAAACAUAAUUGACCCCAGCCUGGUCUGUAGGCUGAAUGUCAUUAUUAGAACUGGAGACGACAAUGACAUCAUACAGGAAACCAUAUCAUCCAACGAGAGGUCAAAAUCAGUCAUCACCUUGCCCUAACAAUCAAUCACUGGCAAGGUCGUUACAGAUCAAAUCACAAGUGUUACUGUUUUCUUUUUCUAUAUUAUAUGAAAUGGAGACUGUCAUAUUUGCAACUUGUUAAUAAAUACGUUGACCCUCUUGUCGUUUUGUAAGGUG